UAGCCUCCUUAUAUAUCGGCCCCUUCUUACCAGUAGGGUUUUUUCUUGUCACAAACUACUGCAAUUAGGGUUCUCUCCGUAAACUCAAUUUUUAGUUUGUUAGCCAUGGAUCUCACCAAAAAACGUAAGGCCGACGAGAACGGCAGAGCGUAUCCCUUAACCGCGGACCUCGGAAACCCUUUGGCCGUCGUGCCGCCGUCGUCGAUGGGCAUCCUUGCCCCCGAAGACGCAGAGAAAAUCCUCGAGCCCUUCACCAAGGAACAGCUCCUCCCAAUUCUACGCGCCGCCGUGCUCCGCCACCCUGAUGUUCUGGAGGCUGUGCGCGCCGUCGCCGACGCCGAUCCCGUUCAGCGCAAACUGUUCAUCCGUGGUCUCGGUUGGGAGACCACGACAGAGAAAUUGCGGCAAGUUUUUUCCGCCUACGGGGAGCUGGAUGAAGCGAAUUCUAUCGUCAUUACGGAUAAGAAUUCUGGGAAAUCGAAGGGUUAUGGGUUUGUGACGUUUAAGCACAUCGAUGCUGCGAUAUUGGCUUUGAAGGAGGCGAAUAAGAAGAUUGAUGGGCGGAUGACGGUGACGCAGCUUGCCGCCGCCGGCAAUUCAGGUAAUUCUCAUUCCUCUGAUGUAGCAUUGAGGAAGAUUUAUGUUGGUAAUAUCCCGUUUGAGAUUUCCUCCGAGAGAUUAUUGGCUCAUUUUUCGAUGUACGGCGAGAUUGAGGAAGGACCAUUAGGAUUUGACAAGCAGACUGGAAAAGCAAAGGGUUUUGCCUUUUUCGUUUAUAAGACAGAGGAGGGUGCGAAGGCAUCGUUGGUAGACCCCAUGAAAACUAUUGAUGGUCAUCAGGUUGUGUGUAAGUUGGCUACAGAUAACAAGAAACAGAAGCCAAAUGUUGGACCGCAGGGUGGAAUGGUUCCUGGUAUGCCGAAUUCGGGGCCUAUGGGUAUGCCGGCACGGAAUUAUGGUAUGGGAGGUUAUAUGGGAUAUGGCCCAGGACCUAAUAUGCCUCAGCCACCACAGCAGGCUGGAAUGGUGCAUCAGAAUGUAGGUUACAACACUGCAAUGGGUGGGCCCGGAGGACCAGGAGGGCAAGGUUAUGGUGGUGGAUAUGGAGGUGGUGCAUCAGUGUACGACGGAGUAGGUGGUGCUGGAGCUGGGGGCGGUGAGUUUGGUGGAGGCAUGGGUAAUGCUGGGGGAUACAGAAUGCCCCCUAGUAGCUUGGGGAUGCAGAGCUCUGGCGGUUAUCCUGAUAGUGGGAACUAUGGGAUCCAAUCGGCGUAUCCGACCCAGCCAAACCACCCUGCAGGUCCAGGGCCUAGACUUCCGGCUUACCAGGGCAUGCCACCAUAUUGAGGUGUUUUGACAGCUUCUUGGACGCAAAUGUUUUAAAUGGUUGUGGUGAUUAUGUUAUUCCCGACUGUGAAAUCUUUGGUUGAUAAAUGGACUGCUGUAGAUCUUUGGAUGCUCAACCUACUUGUGGAUUUAUGAGCCUAUAUAUUUGUGCUAGAAUGAGCUCAAAGUUGUUACUUGAGACUUGGUGUAUUAUGUGAUAAGUGGCUCUGAAGUGUUCUAAACUUGGGUUUGCUCUUUAAUGCUGAGUUUAGAUUUUAUCUCCCUUCGCCUUUCUGUUUCUAGUUCAUUGUAAAAUCGUUGCUUCCGUCAAUAUUCAUUUGGAUGUUGCUUCCC